UCUGCAUUUAUUGGUUUCUUUGUGCUUGUGUGUUUGAAUAACAUUUGUGCUACAUUCGAAUGAAUGAUAACUACGACAACAUGAGAAGAUAUAAAGAGAGUUCCAUCAAAAACACUGGUCGUCAUCUUUGACCAAACACACAGUUAAUGUAGUUUCUUGUUUUCCAAUAAUCUUUAAACCUUCAGUUUGACACAAUCCUGAGUUGUCUCAUAAGGGAAACAAAAAGCUUCAGUUUGUAAAGCUGUCACAUGGAUUCCUCGUUGGUUUAAAAAUAAAAAAGUAACAGUGCUUUAUUACAGUGCUGGUGCGUUGCAUCAUGAGAGCCGCGGCUGCUGACACGGUCGUGCUUCUUAGACCUGUUUUCCAAGUGUGGAGAAGUUCACGUUACACUGCCUGUCUCUUAUUUUCCAGGUCAUAGCCUUAUCUAAACAACAGGGUCUGCUUCACUCUCCUCGGUCAGAGGACGGUGGCAGCACUGUCAGUUGCACCGGAUCCAUUCGGUACCGAGCCCUGACAGACCAGGAUCCAUCUCCACCCGCUUCCACCACUGGAGCCGUGGGAGGAGGGGGAGGUUUGGAGAGAACUGGGAGUAUCGUUCGUGUUGAAGCCCACCCAGAGUCCAGAUCAAACAAACCAAUAGUGAAACCUCCGAGCACUGAUGGAAGCGGCUCCUGGCGAUGGAGACCACCAGAACAAAGAGCUUCCCUUCGGCAGUCGGCUUUCAACCUCAAUGACCUGAACAGACACACUGACAGCUGCGAUUCGCUGAAGGACGGUGGAUCGGUGGAUGGGAGGAGGAGUGUCAUGGGGACAGAAACAGAGAGCGAUGGGGGUGGGGACGCAGGGGGCAGUGGAAUGGGAGGAGGAGGGGGUGUCUACACCAGCCAUCCACAUGUUGUGCACCCGUUACAUCCCUUACAUCCAAAUAAUCCCAACAACUACCAGCACCUCAGUUUUAAUCCUAACAAUUCCAAUAAUCCCAGUUUUAACAACGCUCACGCUAACUUUAAUCCUCCUUCUAACAACUCGAACAUGCCGUUCACACCCACUGCCACCUUUGCUCCUCCCUUCCACCCCCACCCUCAAGCAGUCACCACUAUCAGGGUUACACCAGUGGAGGCGACAGCUGCCAGCAGUGACGGCGGCUCGGACUGCCAGUCGGUUGCCUCAUCCAGCCGUGAAUCCACCUUGAGAAGGAAGAGCAGCAGCAACAUGGUCCACGUCCAGGAUCGAGGGCCUACCCCUGAAUUCCACAACAACCACCGCCUUUGUGAUGACGGCAACCGCCUUGACAACGAAAGCAGCAACCGCUUUCACGAAAACCUGCGAAGCUUUCAAGAGAACCCCAUUCACCCCAACCACCCCAACAGGCAGCUGCAGGGAGUGUUUGGGCGUCCAAGCCCCACCCCUCCCCCUACUUUACCCCGCCCAAUCCUGACUCACACUCCCCCGCCUACUUUUGGGCUGGCCUAUAAAGAAUAGCAUGUUCAGUGUGAGUUAUCCAUCUAUAACUACAAUUAUAAAAACAAGUAAACCAUUCUAGACCAAUGGGACGUUUCUGGAGAUGAUGUGAACAAUCUGCUUACCACCUGCAGCCAAUAGGACAUGGUAAAAGACACGUUCUCAAAUGACCAAUCAGGCUACAGUAGAUGGCCACUUUUGUCCAGCUUAUUAAAUUCUGUUAGCAGUAGGUUAGAGAUCGACUUGGGUUCACAGGCCAUAGACGUCGAGUCAUGCCUGCUCCCAGUUUGCUCCUGGCCAACAUACAAGGAGUCGGUUGGACUGAGUUUGAGUCAACAUUUCUUCUUAUUUUACUACAUAUUUACAUAUUUUUAUCACGUAUCGCUACACUUGCUUCGUAGGCACAAAGAUAAGAGGCUUAAAUAAACUGCUGGUCUACGCUGGUAUUAUUACCCUGCCAGUGAGGACAGAUUCACACUAAUGACUCGCUUUUCUCUGGCUACAAAGCUCAGCUAAAACAGGGGUGACAUUUCUACACAUCCACGUUUUUGUCACACACAGGUAACAUCGAACAUCGUAACCACAUGCCCUUAGAUGGAAAUUUGUAUUCAAAGCCUAUAACUGUGAUUGUGUUUGUACAUAAGAGUGUGGGCAGCCACAGGGGAAAUUAAAUCCACGGUCUUAAUUAUGUCUGGACUGCAAAGAGUCCCUUCUGGGUAAUAACAAUAUAUCUUAUUUGAUGGUGGUAUUGUGUUUGUGUUGAAUAAGAACAAUAUCAAGGGGCAUAUAUGGUGUUUAGAUACUAAAACAAGCACUUUUCUUCAUGCUGUGUUUUAUUGGUGCGCAGUGUAUAAAUGAUUCUUACUGUGUGGUAGUUGUACUGACACACGCAGCAUCGCCUGCACAAAGGAAGUUCAUUCGUUUCCUGUUCUUUGGUUUGAUUUCCCAGCUUUAUGACUUGGUAUUACAGCCACUCUAAGGACGAAACAUGGAGUCAUUACAGAAUAAAGUUGGAACGGUUAUGAGAUAAAGUUUUAUACGAAAAUGUUUUAUGAUGAAAAAGAUAAUAAUAAUACGAGCACGCUGAAGUAACAGUGAGGAUUUGUACUUUAAAGUGAAGAACGAGUAAAUAUAAGUGAAAUGCCACUUUGUUCCGUUUUCAAAGGAAAUCAGAAUAUUUUAAGAGUAAAAGACUAAAAAGUAAAAA